AGAAGAGUCGCGUCAUAAUCAGCUGACUUGGUAAACAAAUGGGCGGGAGACAAAGUCCAUGUGAAUCGCCCUGGAGGCUUCCUGUAGAACACUUGUAUCGCAUUUUCUAUUUUUGUAACUGAGGAAAGCGCUAACUUCUGCCAAAUGGCCUGGUGGAAGCUGAAUGAAUGACGAGUUUCAUCAACACUACAACUGGAGGGACUUUCUGCCAAUAUCUUUCCAUCACUUGACAGAAGCAUUAGUCAUGGACUUUGAAGCCAUUACCAAGGAUCUAAACUCGUCUAUUCCACUAUGUGGCUCUAAAGGCAAUGAGAAACAUCUUUCCAUGGACCACGCUUGCCUGGAAGUUCUAAAUACUGACCUGAACUCCGGUUUAGAAUUUUGGGCACAGUCUACAGAAUGCUAUAAGUGUCCACCAUGGAAAUAUCUCCUAAUUGAAGCCAAUAGCUCUGCGAGUUUAGUUGUAAACUCGACAUAUGCUACAGAUGUCUUUAUACGAGCCAUAAAUGGUACUUACAUUCACAACUUAACAUAUCAUUUUGGACAAUAUGGAAGUUAUAUGAUGGAAUUUGACUCUAAAGAUUAUAUACAUGUAAAAAGUGUUAUUCAUCCUCAACUGGAAAUUAUCCCUGUAAUUAUGGCAAUAGUGUUCUUCACCUUACUUGCAUUGUUAUGGCAGUGUGGAAAAUGUUUACAGAAGAGGAUGGAUUCUUCAGAUAGUCCUGUGCCUCCAAGAGUCACAGAGCAGAAUAGCCGCUCUGUAUCUGCAGAAAAUGUUACACAGUCGUCAAUAUCUGAGCCUCAGCCCGGGACUUCCUCUGAAUCUGAUCCACUCCUACGCAGCAAUGACGUAACCCAAGUGUUAUCUGCUCAGGGAGUCUAUCCACAAGAGCAAGUUCCAGACUCCAGGAGGAGUGGUGGCAGACUUAUUUCACUUGAUGUCUUUAGAGGGACUGCCAUUGCUAUUAUGAUCUUUGUGAAUUAUGGAGGGGGAAACUAUUAUUAUUUCAUUCAUGCAAGAUGGAAUGGUCUGACUGUAGCUGAUUUGGUUUUCCCAUGGUUUCUGUGGAUAAUGGGAGUUAGCCUGACCUUUUCCAUUCGGUCUCAACUUAGACGGGCAACAAAGAGAUACAUUAUUGUGCUGAAAAUUUUAAAGAGAUGUUUGAUUCUCUUUGCCCUUGGAAUUAUACCUCAUCAGACGAACGGGAACAACCAACUACCUUCCGACAUUCGAAUUCUUGGGGUCCUUCAGCGUUUUGCAUUUUGUUAUUUGAUCAGUGCAGUUAUUGAAGUCUAUUUGUAUCGUCACACAAACAAAGUCACCGAGUAUGUUUGGUAUUGGAAAAUACGAGAUCUUGUCCGUUCAUGGUUUCAGUGGAGCAUCACUUUAGUUAUAGUUGCCAUUCAUACAGCCAUAACAUUUAACCUACCUGUUCCAGGAUGCCCCACAGGAUAUAUUGGCCCAGGUGGUUUACAUGAGGGUGGUGCCUUCAGCAAUUGCACAGGUGGUGCUGCGGGGUAUAUUGAUCGACUAUUUCUUGGUGACAAUCAUGUUUAUAAACAUCCAACGUGUGCUAAAGUGUAUGACUCCCAUGUCCCUUACGAUCCAGAAGGGUUUUUAGGGGCACUGACAUCCAUCCUUAUGGUUCAGUUUGGUAUAGCAUCUGGACGCAUCAUUAUCACCUAUAGAAGCCACAAUUCUCGCUUGAUUAGAUGGCUUAUUUGGGGAACUGUAUCUGGUAUCAUCGCUGGAAGCUUGUGUGGCUUUCAAAAGGAAGGUGGUCUUAUUCCGGUGAACAAAAACUUAUGGUCCCUUUCCUUUGUCCUGACAACAAAUUGCUUUGCAUUUUUCUUGCUAAGUUUUUAUUAUCUUAUCAUCGAUAAGUGGAGUUGGUGGAGUGGAAACCCAGUCCGUUAUGUUGGUAUGAAUGCCAUCAUUUUGUAUUUAGGACACGAAAUCUUGGGCAAUCUGUUACCCUGGUCUUGGUCUCCUGUUGGACAUUACCAUGCUGAUUACCUAAUUAUGAAUAUUUGGGGAACUAGUUUAUGGGUAAUGUUUGCCUAUUAUUUGCACCUCAAAAAAGUGUACAUCUCGGUUUAGUUCUUGUAAUUAUAGACCUGAUUAUUUGUUAGCUGUUAGCUUGAUUUACUACUGAUUUGAGAUAAACUAUCCAGAAUUUUUUCAUAUCACCAAACUGUGUAGAUUGUAUUAGCAUUAUUGAGUGAGCUAUUUUACUCUUGUAAGAUAUAUUUCCUGUCGACACUUAAUUACUUUAUGUUGGAGUUUUAUGACAAAAUGUAAAUUUAUUCAUGCGUUGCCAUAUUUUCUCAAUUUUAGUGAGAAACACAUUCCUAAAGUGCAUGAAUUUUUUUGCCUCUUUACAACAGUGCAUACCAGUGUUAUGCAUAAUAUGUUGGAGGAUCUGUUUGGUGCCAUAUUCAUCCCUUAUUGUAGUACAUAGUUUCAUUCAUAGUUUUCAUUUCAUUUAUUACACAUGCUGCUUAAUAGUAAUGAAGUUGAUAGCAGAAACUUUACAUUUCAAUAGUUACUAAAUUAAAGUAACUUUCUCACAGUGAGCUCCCUAAGUAUUCAUAGCUUUAAAAGAAAUUGACCUCUCAGAUGUGAUAUUUUCUACACUGUAUUUGUAUUUUUUGUAGUGAUUGAUGCUAAAUAAUGGGUGGGGAAGUUUUCCUUUGUUUUCAAUCUUAUAUCUCUUCAUGUAAGUGACUUUGGUCCAGGUGUUAAUUUAAUUCACCUAUUAAUGCCUUUAAGAAGUUAGAUGUAAUGAUUAAGUCUAUACAGUUAUGAAAGUUUCAGAAAUGUACCUUGCAGAUUCAGUUGCAUGAGGCAGUUAUGAUAAUUUCCAUAAUUUAGCCAUUUACAUAUACAAAUGCAUAAAUUUAGCAGUAUAUUUGAAGUUUUUUUGAAAGUUUAUAGGCUCGUGCUUACAUUUGAUAAAUUUACCUUUUUUGUUAUUGAUGUUUUAAUAUUUUAUCAUAUAUACUGUAUAUACAGUUUAUGUACUAUAUAUUGAAUAUAUAUUAUCUGUUAUUGAUUUUUAUGUUUCUUUCAUUAUUAGUAAUUAAAUUUUAAAAUAAUUUUCAUUUUAUGGCUUAUUAUAGAAGAUGACAGAUUUCUAUUUUCAAAUGUAAUGCACACUGUUUAUUCAAGUUUCUGAGUUACCCGUAUCAUCUACCGAUUUCUUCAUUUAAAAACACAUCAUGCUCACAUUAAGACUGUCAAACAAAAGUGAGAGGAAUGUUUGCCAAAGUCAGUUUAUCCAAUCACCUAACAUGAUGUAUUUUGUUGAGGCUAAGUUGAAUGUUAUCUUAUGAAUAUUGGUUAUUCAGAGGGUAAAAAAACUUUCCUGUAUUGCUUUUCCUGAUGACUUCUAUAUUAUUGAAGUGGCCCUGGGAUGUUUUGCUGACAGCCAGAUUAACGGAGACCAGUGAAGAAUUGAUUUGUAAAUAUGAAAACACACUGUACUACUAACCUUUGGCUGUAUGAAAGAUCCUAAACACUUAGACAUGGAAUACAAAAACCAGCCAACAGUCAAGAGUGAUGGUAUUUGUGGAUGGUAGGGUAAGCUCAACAAUGACAUCUGACAAUAUGAACAGUGACAUGCUAAAUUGAAAAUUAUUUAAAUCUUUCAUGAAUAACAAAGAUCACAAUGUUAAAGGGAUGAAAAAAAAAUUAAUGGUGUUAAGCAGAGAAUGUUGAUCAAGAUCAGUAUGCUCAAAAAAUUUGCAACAGGCAAGCAUAUUUGGUGAAUGUUAGUGAUUUUAUAGAAGACUAACUGUGAAAUUAUAACAAUCCAGUAAAAACUGCUAACAUAAAAAUGAGAGCCAGUAUUGUUUAUGCAAACUCUAGGGAAUUAAUUUUGAGAAGAUAUACAGUUCACAGACAGUGGAUGGCAGCACUUAGUCAACAACAUUGUUACAGCCAAGGUGUUUGAGAUUUUGGACAGCUAUGAAACAAUAGGAGGGUAGGCAGUGACUGAUAAUAAGAGGGUUAUUGGAAUAUCUAUACUUUUAAGAGAGUGCUGUGAUCUGUAUUUAGCAAUUUAUGAGCAUAUUUGAUAUUGAGUGUUGACAUUCAGAAUGCAGUAUACAUUAUAGUAAUGUGAAAAAUUGGAAAAUAAAAAUGUUCUCCAAAUCAAGUUAAAGUUGUUGAAGUUUGUCACUUUUAAAAUCUUAGAUGUACCAUCCUUAUAUUGUUUUAUUAUCAUCAUAGCUUCUUCAUUGCAUAUUUUUUCCCAAAAACUGACCAAGUCUUUGGCAAAAGUAAUGCCAGUGAAGUACCAGUCCACUUAGUGUAGAAUACAUGCAUUGUACUCCAAGUUUCCCAUGUCAUUGUGGGUGGGGUCAGAGCAUAUGUGGUGCUUUAAUCCCUCCAAGGCAGAUUGUUGGGUGCCAAAUAAAAUGCUAAUGAUAAUUAGGUUAGAAUUUAGAAUUCUGGUGUGAUGAUACUCGGUUCAUCAUAUGUGUCUUCGUUAUAUGAAGAAAUGAUUGGACUGUUUAACUUUGCUUCAAGAAUGUUACUGAUGCUUGGGGAUGAAAAUCCAGUUCAUGAGACAAAGCCCAAUGUUUACAAGGUGAUGAUUCUGUUUAUUCAACCUUUGUGAGGUAUUUUAUAAAACUAGGUACUGUAUAUAGUUAUCUUAUAUCUUGUAAUUCCUCUGCUACUGAACUUUGUGUUAACAAGAGUUAUAAAUAAUGGCAAAAGUCAAAUAAAUAAUGUCAAAGAAAGUUCCAGAGGAUGAAUAAUCCAGUUAACGAUUCCUGCCAAACUAACUUUUGCUGUCAUAUGUGGAUAAUAUGGUGCAAUUUUGUAACCUGGUCUUCAGUGAUUGUUUACAAAAAAGAAAUUACUAAAAAAAAAAAGGAUAUUCGGAAAAGAUCAAGCAAAAAUAAAGGAGAGUAAAUAUAAGAAAGGGAUUGUUUGACUUGGUGCUCAAGUUUUGCUGUAUAUAAUAGCCAAACAUUAACAGACUUGUAUUUUGUAUUGACUAUAGUAUUUACUAUGGUUUAGAUGGAAAUGCAUUAUCUCUACAUAUCAAAACCAUUUCUGCAAUAUCCAAGCAUCAAGAUGUUUGUAGCCAUUCCAUUUCUGGUGAAUAAUAAUUUGUAUUCCAGGUAAAGUUUUUUAUGCAAC